AUGGGUCAAGCCGGCGUCAACCAAUUAGGGGGCGUCUUUGUAAACGGGCGUCCCCUACCCGAUGUGGUCCGCAAGAGAAUAGUAGAACUGGCCAUCAUGGGGGUUCGACCCUGUGACAUCAGCAGGCAGCUGCUGGUCUCCCAUGGCUGCGUCUCCAAGAUCCUCACCAGGUUCUACGAGACUGGGUCUAUUAGGCCCGGUUCUAUUGGCGGUAGCAAGACUAAGCAAGUAGCAACCCCGACAGUGGUGAAGAAGAUUCUCCGUCUAAAACAAGAGAACCCUGGUAUGUUCGCCUGGGAGAUCCGCGAGAGACUGCUGAGCGCGAGGGUAUGUGAGCCGCACUCCAUACCCUCGGUGUCCAGCGUCAAUAGGAUCCUGAGGAACAGUGGCCUGGCUUGGAGUGAUGAUGACACCAGGAAUGCACAUGAAUCCUACCCACAACCGGAGCUACCGCCCAACAUGAUGGAAUACAUGUCAAUGAAGACUUCUUUACCCCCUUCGGCGAUGCCAACACAGCAGAGUUCUCCCUACUUCGCUCACUCCGCCGUCAGAGUUCCCCCUCCCCAACACACGGACCCAACACAGCUAUACGACAGGAGACUAGCCACCUCCUGGCUUCUAGCCAAUCAGGUCCAAGCCCAAGGCCUUCUAAAACCUUACCCAAUCAACCCCUGGCAGAGAAUAAUGCUGCCUUACCACGACGGCAAAAACUUCUCCCCUUACGCUCUGAAUUUACACAACGAUCUUCUAAACCGAAUAAACCCAGAUGAAGUGAAGUCUGAGAAUUCAGAACAUAUUUCUGUUGAAGCCAGUGACGAUAGCACAGACAGGCCUGACGUGGAUGACGAUCAGAAAUCACAUGAAAAAGAGAAGAAGAAAAAUCCCUAUUCCAUAGAAGAGCUUUUGAAAAAGCCUGAUAAGAUGGUCAAUGUGAAUCCGAUUGGUUUCCAGAACUUUCUACGGCAGCCUAGCGGGAGUAUGAUAGAGAGUAGCCAGGAUCUGAGUAACAGGAGCUCUCCAGCCAGUUUCUGUUCUGUACAAAGCGGAGUUUCGAACGACUGCUUUUCUGAAUCAGCCAGCUCGGAAAUAAAGGCGGGAAAUUGAAUCAGCUGUUAAUAUUGUAGAUAUAUUCGUUAUUAUUUAAUUUGACAUUCCGAUACAGAAAAUAAAAAUUCCAUUCCAGUUAAUACGUUCUCGUUUUUAAUAAAAUUCUAAAUUAUAUAGUUUUGACUUUCCAAUAAACUAAAAUACCUACUUAGGCAUACGGUAAUUAAUAUUUAAACAUAAAACGCCCUGUUUGUUUUAUAUACAGAAUUAUCAUUAACUGUAUAAUAUUUUUGUAAAUAAAUAAAGUAGAUAAGUACAAAAAUCUAUACAUAUUAUCAUAAUCUCCAUGAGAGCGCCAUCUACCGUAAACAUCAGGAAAACUCAUAUUAAUUGAUUUAUUUAAAUCCUAAAUAUUGUAAAUAAUAAAAGCCAUAUUAUUACAAUGUAGAUAUUUGAGUAAUGUGUCCAUAUUAUGUGUAAUAUUAUACAGAAUAGAAAGUACGCAGUAGAUUUUAAUUAUAUAGAAAAAUAAUGUUAUACAUACUUACCUACAUAAAUUAUACAAAAACUCUACCAUUUUGAAAGUGUCAGUCCUGCAACCUGAAAUAUAAUGUAAAAAAUAUAACACACUUUUGUAAUUUUACUUUCACAAAAUGCCGUAUUUAAUUGUAUUUAUAAUUCUGUGAUAUUGUAGGAAGUAUUUUAUGUGUCCUCCUUCAAAAUAAUCAUUCCUCUAUUGUUAGUUUCAUUACUAUAAGAACAUAGUUAUUUUAUUGUAAGUAGUAAUAGUUGAUAGAUGUACUUAUAUGUAUAUAAUGUAAUCACAGUAGUUGUUUAUUUAUGAAAUGGCACAAUAAACCAAAUACAAAUUAA